GGAGAAGAAGGCUCUUUGGAAGCUGUUUUGACUGAGAGCUGCAGGAGCGGAAUUCAGGGACACUUGCCUGCUUGCCUGCCUGCCUGCUGACUAAAAGGUUUUGCCAUUCCUGGAGCCACAACCUCCCCACUUGUUGAUGGGCUUGUUUUCUCUUUCUUGAAGAUAAAGUCACAUUGGCAGUGUCUAAUGGGGAGGGGGAGUAAGAAGGACAUGGAAUAAAAGAAGAGAAGAAGGCGGCAAUAUUCAAAUACUGGAGGUUUUAUGUCUGAAGCUGCAUAUGAAGACAAGGUCAAAAAAUAUUCUUACCUGGACCCUUGCAAGGGAAGAAACCACAUAACCCAGGGUCCUGGAAUGGGGAAAGGGAACCAAACCAUCAUCACCGAGUUCAUCCUUUUAGGCUUCCCCACCUCAUUAAAUGUCCAACUGUUGCUCUUCUUCAUUUUCUUACUGAACUAUCUUUUGGUGCUGGCAGAAAACACAGUCAUCAUGCUGAUGGUGUGGAUGAACAGAAACCUGCACAAGCCCAUGUACUACUUCCUCUGUAACUUGUCCUUCCUGGAGGUCUGGUACAUUAGCAUCACUAUCCCCAAGAUGCUUUUUGACUUCCUUACCCAGAGAAAGCUGAUCACCUUUGCUGGAUGCAUGACUCAACUCUACUUCUUUGUCUCUCUAGCAUGCACCGAGUGUGUCCUUCUGGCUGUCAUGGCCUAUGAUUGCUAUGUUGCCAUUUGCUUCCCACUGUGCUAUUCAGCCAUCAUGAGCACCAGGCUCUGCUUCCACUUGGCUGGUGGGUCAUGGAUUAGUGGUUUCACUAUCUCUGUUUUCAAGGUCUCUUUCAUCUCACAGUUGACUUUUUGUGGUUCCAACAUCAUCAAUCACUUCUUCUGUGAUAUCUCACCUGUGCUUAAUCUAGCCUGCACGGACAUGUCACUAGCUGAACUGGUGGACUUUGUAUUAGCCAUUAUCAUACUGGUCCUUCCUUUAUUUGUGACAGUCCUGUCCUACAUCUAUAUCAUUGCCACCAUCCUACACAUUCCUUCAGCCACUGGGCACAACAAGGCUUUCUCGGCCUGUGCCUCACACCUUACAGUUGUAAUCAUUUACUACACACCCAUGAUUUUCAUGUAUGUGAGGCCCAGGGCCAUCACCUCCUAUAACUCCAACAAGCUGAUCUCAGCCAUUUAUGCAGUUUUAACACCCAUGUUAAAUCCCUUCAUCUACUGCCUCAGGAAUAAUGAGGUCAAGAAGGCUAUUUGGAGGACACUGCGUGGAAAGAUUAUCAUUUGAAGGAGAGAUGAAUUGAUAUGUAGUAUUGUUGGAUUCAAUGCAGCAUGACGAAAACAGUGUUCUGUACUGCAUGUUUAAUA